AAACCAGUGAAUCUACUAGGUCGCGAUUCAGAAAAGGUUGUCGAAUUCCGAUUGCAAAGAUUCCGAUUGGAUGGAGGCGGUGGCGGGCUUGUGGCAUGUGGUGGAGACGCUGUUACCCGUGAUCGGGUGGUGGAGAAGAAGGGUAGUGAAUUCAAGGAUGUGUACAUUUCCAUGCGCAAUCUUCCAGCAAGUAUAGUUCUUCUGAGCCUUAGUGCCUCACCAGCACACAACCUGGAUCUCCUCCCCCACCUUCGCGACUCUCUUCCAGAGAGCAAACGUGGUCUCCUGGACGCGUUUCGUGACCAAUCCCUUAUCACAACCCUUGACGUUCGUGAAGCUACUGCUUAUCACCUUGCCUCUUGCAUCUUUCCAUCUCUCCUAAUCCUUGGUGGCCAUUCGAAUAUAUAUUGCAAGACAGACAAUGAUGCGUCACAUCUGCUGCGGCAAAUGGUGGCGACGAAUCCUGGAUGGGCAUCAAAGACGGUUGCGACAGAACCCAGCCCCUACCUAAAGUCGGUGAACGCGGCAAUAUCCCGCCUGUCUAGUGCUUUUAAGGCCCUCUCUCCACCUCCUAUUCCUCCGUUGUCUAUGCGGGCCCUAUGGAUGGGUGCCAUGGCAUGGAUCUCUGCGGAGCUACUAGAGGGAUUAGCUGGAGUGUAUGAUUGUACAGAAGAAGGACGCAGCCAAAUGCUCCUUGACGUUCAGUCGGCUGCUCUGCUAUGCGAAACUGAAUCGGGCAUACGACCUUUUGUGAAGCUGAACAUGUUAGUGGACUACAUCCAGGCCUUCUUUGUACCUACCCGUGAAUGGUCUAAUUGGCUGGAGAGUACUGGAGUGCAUCGCUACACGCAGCGUCAGAGUCUGGGCCUGGCUCAUUGUCUUGCCCGCGGUGACAAGCACGCUCGACAACGUCUGCUUGCCGCGGUGGCUACUGUUUACGCUCGCCAUCAGCAAACCGCACUAUCACAUUGUGGUGGUGUUGGUGGUUCCGGAAUAGAGACGUGA